AUGAGUUACGUCAAGAGUAACCGAGAACUAUACCAACAAUACACAGCCAUGGCCCCCAAGCUGCUGGCCCGCAUCUCCAGACUCCUCACAAUCUGCCAGAAUGCAGGCAUUUCUAUACCGAAGGGCAUCAGAAACAUCUUUGAGUUUACUUGGGAAGAGCUCAUCAGCGAUCCUUCAGUUCCUACCCCGUCUGACAUCUUGGGCUUGGAGGUCAGCUUUGGAGCCCCCACGGUGGUGCUCAUGGAACCCACCUUAGUACAGGUCCCCACAAUGAAGAAGCCAUUACCUCCACCACCAGCAGCAGCACCACGUCCAGUGCUGCCGGCAACCACUAGGGCAGCCAAGCGCUCCACCCGCUCUGCCACCACGGCCCAUCAGGUGCCCACCCACCAGGAGAUCCUGAACAGAUUUCAGCAGCAGUCCAUCCACCUGCUGACGGAACUUCUCAGCCUGAAGAUGAAGGCCAUGGUGGAGUCUAUGUCGGUGGGUGCCAACCCCUUGGAUGUCACUAGGCGCUUUGUGGAGGCCAGCCAGCUCCUCCACCUCAACACCAAGGAGAUGGCCUUCAACUGCCUGAUGGGCACAGCCGGGAGAAGUGGCUACAGCGGUGGACAGCUGGGGAAAGAAUUUCUCACAAACAUGUCUGCCAUUGGGGUGAACUCACCUUACCAGCUGAUCUACCAGUCUUCCACAGCCUGUCUGAGCUUUUCUCUCUCUACUGGAAAAGAAGUCAAGAAGAAAAUAGGCAAGUCUAGAACUGCAGAAGAUAUCAGCAUGCUGCCCCUGCAUCAAGGAGUGGGAACAUCUGCCAACAACCUGGAGUUCAGCGACCCCUGCCCUGAAGCCCGGAAGAAACUGCAGGAGCUGUGUCGCCACAUAGAAGCCGAAAAGGCCACGUGGAAAGGGAAGAAUAUCUCCAACCCCAUGAUCUUACGAAACUACAAGGCAAAGAUGCCCUCUCAUCUAACGUCGCCCCGCAAAGGAGACUCUCAGACCCAGAGUUUACAUUACCCUCCAACUGCGAGUGCUCAGACUCUCACCCCAACCCCUCAACCAUCUUCUGCUCACCAUCUUCUCUUUAGUCAGCAAUCUCAAGAGGGGAAGGUGCCCAAGAAGGUCUUUAAAUUGCAUUACACCUUCUAUGAUGGCUCCUCUUUUGUUUACUAUCCCUCUGGAAAUGUCGCUAUAUGUCAGAUCCCCACAUGCUGCAGAGGGAGAACCAUCACCUACCUCUUUAAUGACAUACCUGGCUCCUCCUUGCUGGCCCUAUUCAAUGCUGAAGGUCAGGUCUAUGUUCACUACAACCUAAAAACCAGUUGCCCGUAUGUCUUAGUCUUGGAUGAGGAAGGUGGGACCACCAAUGACCAGCAGGGCUAUGUAGUCCACAAAUGGAGCUGGACUUCCAGGACGGAGACCCUGCUUUCCCUGGAAUACAAGGUGAAUGAGCAAAUGAAGCUAAAGGUGCUGGGACAGGACUCCAUCACGGUCACCUUUACCUCCCUGAAUGACACAGUAACACUCAGUGUGUCAGCCAACAACUGUCCCCAUGGAAUGGCAUAUGAAAAACGGCUGAACCACAAGAUUAGCAACAUGGACGACAAGGUGUAUAAGAUGAGCCGAGCCCUGGCUGAGAUCAAGAAGCGGUUUCAGAAGACAGCGGCUCAGUUCAUUAAUUCUAUCUUGCUGGCCGCAGGUCUGUUCACCAUUGAACAUCCCACCAAAACAGAGGAGGCAGAAUUUGUUCGGUUCAACAUAAGAUCUGGAACUCACCCCGAGCGGGUCCCCAACCUAGGUUUAUACUCAGGAGAAAGCCUUUUACGAUCUCAGUCAACCCAACCGGAAUCCUUAAUUGCAGAGACUUUGAAGGAUGAGCCUGGGUCUUCUCCUGUGAGCCCAGUUCGGAAGAAGAUCACCAGAAUCCACACAACAGCCAGGGAAACAUCCAGAAGGAAGGCCCGCGAGGGACGUAGCCCCACCAGGUGGGUGGCCUCGCCCUUGGACUGCCCGCUGGUGCUGCGGAAGCUCAUGCACAAGGAAGAUGCCUGUGGCUUUUGCAAGUGCCUGGUGAAGGCGCCCCGGGUCUCUGACGUGGAGCUGGAGCGCUUCCUGUUGGUGCCUCGAGACCCCAGCCAAGUGCUGGUGUUUGGGAUCAUCACGAGCCAGAACUACACCAGCACUGCGCAGCUCCAGUGGCUGCUGGACACACUCUACAGUCACGAGCAGCGGGGCCGUGCCUCCCCCUGCAUCCAGUGCCGGCAUGACCCCUACCGCCUGCUGCAGUAUGACCUGGACAGCCCCUUGCAGGAGGACCCUCCCCUGAUGAUGAAGAAGUACUCUGUGGUGCCGGGGAUGAUUCUGAUGUUUGCUGGGGGGAAGCUCCUUUUUGGGGGCUGUGUUUUGAAUGGAUACGGCCUCAGCAAGCAGAAUCUGCUGAAACAGAUCUUCCAGUCUCAACAGGAUGGCAAAAUGGGCUACUUCCUGCCAGAGAACUACAAAUUCAACGUUCCAAACUCUGUCCUGAGCCUGGAGGAUUCUGAAUCAGCCAAGAAAGCCGAAUUGGAAGAUAACCAAGGAAGCUCCUCCUCAUUGGCCCUGGGAGACUAUGUGGAGAAGGAGAUACCUCUGGAGGCUGAGAAGAAAGCAAGAGAGCCUGAAGUGGAACUACAGCCUCACAACAAACUCAGGAGGGACAGCAAGACAACCAGCUGGAAGAAGCAGGCCUCCAAGAAGUAAAGCCGUCCUGGUGGCAGCCAAGUGAGCCAGGCCCCAGUCCAGGGUGCUAGGGCUUCUUACCAGCCUGGCCCUGACUCCCUGGUCUCCCACCCUGUCCUUCAAGCCUCUGUAAUAAACCAGCAGGCCUCCAGCAUCAGGGUGAGACUCUGACGAAGGGCAGACCCAGCUUAGUCUGGCUUGUGUGGGGCCAGAGGCCGCCAACAAACUUGUUCCAGGUCAAGUCCUUGGAAACUCAGUUCCCCCAGUGCAGAGCUUCCUCUGUGGCCAGUUAAGUCAGCUGAGGCCUUCCCACACU